CUCCCGCUCCAUGGACGCGGCCAACGGGGCCGUGCCCGAGGGCGCGGCGGAGCGGCCCCGCGGCCCCGCGGCCGCCCCGUCGGGCGGGAAGGAGGUGAAGGUGGUGGUCGUGGGCGACGGAGGCUGCGGGAAGACGUCGCUGCUGAUGGUGUACGCCAAGGGCUCCUUCCCCGAGCAAUACGCGCCCUCUGUUUUUGAGAAGUACACAACGAGCGUGACGGUGGGGAAGAAGGAGGUCACCCUGAACCUGUACGACACCGCAGGGCAGGAGGACUACGAUCGGCUACGGCCACUUUCUUACCAGAACACCAAUGUUGUGUUAAUUUGUUACGAUGUCAUGAACCCCACUAGCUACGAUAAUGUAGCAGCCAAGUGGUAUCCUGAAGUGAAUCACUUUUGCCGGGGUGUCCCGCUCGUGCUGAUCGGCUGCAAGACAGACCUUCGGAAGGACAAGGAGCACCUGCGCAAGCUCAGGGCUGCCAAGCAGGAGCCCAUCACCUACAACCAGGGUGAGGCAGCUUGCAAGGAGAUUAACGCACAAAUUUACCUGGAAUGCUCAGCAAAAUGCCGUGAGAACAUAGAAAAUGUUUUUAAAGAAGCCACAACCAUUGCACUGAGUGCCAUGAAGAAAGCCAAGGGCCACAGGAAACGGAAAGUAUGCUCAGUGUUAUGAUCUGGACUGCACAAGAGCCAAGUGAUUCAGAUUGUAUAAAAGUUUAACUUUAAAGCCAAUUUUUUACAUAUUUGUACUCCUAGGAUAAUUUUUAUUUUAAAAAUUUUUAUUAUUGUUAGUAUUUUUGCACUUCUGUUACACUGUUCUCACUGAGUUUUCAAACCUGUUUAUCACAGUUAACUCAUGCUGUGUGCCUUCACCCAUCUGCCUUUUACUUCUAAGUGUGAACAACUCACUAUUUAAACUGCAAUGAACAACAACUGCUACUA